AUGGGAGCUAAAAACUCAGGGUUCUAGUAAAGAUCAGGCACUGAUGUCCCUCAGUCCUAAUCAGAGAUUACCAUGAAUAUAGAAGAAGGAAACUCCUAUGUUUAGAAGACCUAGCCAAGACAGAGGAAGGCUGCGACAUUGAAGCAAUCCUCUACAAUGAAAAAGACAGCAUAUGAGAGGUUGGAGGCUCGUAUACCUUUACAAAUCCUAGACAUCAGAGAAUUCGAGGGUAGAUUAAAGAAACUGAUUUAUGGGAAGGAGACUAUAAGUGUCAGACAGAUGUAAUAUGUGCUAAGCAAAGACUAUGAAGACUUUGAUGAUCUUUUUGACGAAUAAUCUACUCUUUACAAGAUUAUGACAUCAGGAACAUUUAAAAAUGAUGAAACAGAAACAGAAAUGAAUGUGCAAUAUCUAAUGCUAUUUGGACUACUCUAUUGUCAAGGAUCUAACGAUGAAAAAGCAUAAGUGCUCUACGAUAUUUUUUAGGACGGACUUCAAGAACUGAUCUCGGCCAAUGAUAAAGAUAUCAAGGAUUGUUUCUGGCGGCUUUUAGAUAUGGCGAGUCAUGUCAUUCAUAAGUGGUCCCAAGAUUUUGGUGAUGAAGAAGUCAAGCAAUCUGGAAUCGAGAAGUUAUUUGCAAAAAAUGAAGAUGAUCUAGACUAAUGGAAAUAAGUGGUAGAGACUAUCUAAGAGUAGUUCUUAGAUACAGUGUUUGACAUUCACAGUAAAAUAAAGAGAGAAGAAUUUAUACUUACAGUUUCUAAAAAAUGUUAGUAUCUUUUUAAGCCUUAAGAGAUCAGGAAAAAAAUAAUUCAAGAGUUUAAGAACUAAUGA